CGGAUCGGUCUCGCUUCCUUUUCUUUUCACUUUUACCAGUCGACAUACAUCAAGAUGGGUUCCGGAAAGCCUCGUGGAUUGCAAGCCGCCCGAAAGCUUCGAGUCUCCCGACGUGACAACCGUUGGGCCGACAAGAGCUACAAGAAGCGAGCCCUCGGUAACAUCUACAAGACCUCCCCCACCGGAGGAUCUUCCCACGCCAAGGGAAUCGUUUUGGAGAAGGUCGGUGUUGAGGCCAAGCAGCCCAACUCCGCCAUCCGAAAGUGUGUCCGAGUCCAGCUCAUCAAGAACGGAAAGAAGGUCACCGCUUUCGUCCCCAAUGACGGUUGUUUGAACUUUGUCGACGAGAACGACGAGGUCUUGAUCUCCGGAUUCGGUCGACGAGGAAAGGCUAAGGGUGAUAUUCCUGGUGUUCGAUUCAAGGUCGUCAAGGUCUCUGGUGUUGGUUUGUUGGCUUUGUGGAAGGAGAAGAAGGAGAAGCCCCGUUCGUAA